AUGGGGGCACUGUUGGAGCAGAUCACUGUGCGGACCACGUUGCCCGCCUGGGUUCGAAAGUGGCAGGUCUGGCUUCUGAGUGACUUCUUGAUCAUUGUCCUGCUUGGCUGUUCCUUCUGUCUGCCGACGACCGGGCUGCCCAUGGUCGAUGCCCUCAUCGCUUACAACAACCUCGUCACAGGGCCUCUGCAGUUGGCCUUGGUUGUGCUGGUCAGCUGCGACUGCAACUCCUUCAGGCUGCUCUUCAGCCUCACAGAGGGCAGCCGCAAGUUGGCAGCCUCCAUGCUGAAGCUCUCCUACACGAUCUACCUGACCCACUGGCCCUGGGCCAUCUGCAUGCACCUUGCUGGCCUUUUCAGCCUGGACUCCUGGAACUCCAUGCUGGCCACUUGGGGCACCUCCGUCCUCUUCGCCAUCUUCCUGGAUUUUGUUGUCGUGGAUCCCUUCACUGCGGCGUUCUGCGGGUGGAUCACUCCACCCAAGCCCCAGGGCGCAAAGGAUGCUGCACAGAGCCAGGACGCACAGAACAAGAAGGCCACGAAGGCCCCGCAGGACGACCUCGAGCGGGGCUCGGCUGCUGCUGCGCCCCAGGUGGCCGCCGCGCCUUCGGAGAGGAGCGAGAGGAGCUCACGGAGGGCCGAGUCCUUGCCCUUCGCGGCCUUCCGCUUCUCCCAGGUGUGA